GAGAGAGAGAGAGAGAGAGAAAAAAUUAAAGUAAGAAGAAAAGCAGCCCCAAGGGCCCAUCUCAUGUCUCCUCAAUAGACUCUAAGCUGUGAUGUGAUCAUCUUUCUUCACCAUUCCAUUUUCCACUAUUUUCUUACACCUUCUCUUAGCCUUUCUUUCUUUUUUCUUUUUUUUUUUUCCUUCUUUAUUUUUCCCUCCUUUCUUUUCCAAUUGCCCAAAACAACCAUGAAUUCUUCUGGAACAAUCAUCAUGUCCAAGGAAUCUGCCGAUCAGGGCUCCGCCAGCAGUCAGCCACCGCCCGCCCCCCCGCCUCCGCAGCUCAGCCGCUACGAGUCCCAAAAGAGAAGGGACUGGAACACUUUCGGGCAGUACCUGAAAAACCAGAGGCCUCCGGUUCCUAUAUCUCAGUGCAACUGCAACCAUGUUCUUGAAUUCCUCCGAUACCUCGACCAGUUCGGCAAAACCAAGGUUCACUUGCAUGGUUGCGUCUUCUUCGGGCAGCCUGAUCCCCCGGCGCCUUGUACCUGCCCGUUGAGGCAGGCUUGGGGCAGCCUUGAUGCUCUGAUUGGACGGCUGAGAGCGGCGUAUGAAGAGCACGGCGGAUCACCGGAGACGAACCCUUUUGGCAACGGAGCGAUUCGAGUUUAUCUGCGUGAAGUGAAGGACUGUCAGGCUAAGGCAAGAGGGAUUCCGUAUAAGAAGAAGAAGAAGAGGAAAAUCAGCCAUCCUCUCAAAGCGCAUGAUGAGCUGAUCAAGAAUCCCAAGCAGCCCGUUUGAUUAUCAACUCAUCAGCUCCUUUGGAGGAGAAGAGAAUGGAUGGGUUAGCAGUUGUACUGAGAGGAGUUAUGGGAAUUUGUUGAGCGUGCAUGGCUCAGAGUUCCUUCAGUGUACGUAGGCAUAAAUACAAUUGCCUACAAUCACAGUUUAGGUUUGAAUAAUAUAAUAGACCAUAUCUAUCUAUCUAUCUAUAUAUAUAUAGCGCAUGAGUACGUAGUUGGGAGUUGAUGAUGAUGUAAAACUACUAGAUGAGCAGCGUUGUAGAUUACAGAAAAUAUGAUGUAAACUUUUCGAUACUUAAUCUGGUAAAAGGUUGGUUGGUUCACUCUUCUU